UAAUAAUAGUCUGCAGAAAAAUAUCCCCUUUUUUCAUUAUUCUUUCUUCUUUUUUUUUUAUAAACAUGACUAGUUACUUAACAUCCACUGCUCAACUGCCUUUAAAAAAGCCAUUUGAAGAGAAAAAGAAAAUGGUGAAUGCUUGGGAACUCAUUCAGAAAAAGACCUUUACCAAAUGGGUCAAUAAUAAGCUUGAUGUAAAAAAUAUCCCAAACAUUGUUCAUUUGAAUGAAGACUUAGCAAAUGGUGUUCGAUUGAUCCAGUUACUCGAAAUUAUUGGUGGGGAAUCACUAAGGCCUUACAAUCAACACCCGACCAUGAUUUUUCAAAAAAUGGAAAAUGUCAAUAAAGCGCUUGAUUUCAUAAAAUCAAGGGGUGUCGCACUAACAAACAUCGGCGCAGAAGAUAUUGUCAAUAAAAACCUAAAAUUGGUAUUGGGUAUGCUCUGGACCAUUAUCUUGCGAUUUACGAUUGCUGAUAUCAACCAAGACGGAAAAAAUGCCAAAGAAGGUUUGCUACUCUGGUGUCAGCGCAAGACCGCAUCUUAUGAAGAGGUUGAUGUACAAGACUUUACUUAUAGCUGGACGGAUGGUUUAGCGCUGUGUGCCUUGAUCCAUCAUCACCAUCCUGAACUUAUCGACUGGGAUGCUUUAGAUAAGACGGACAGGCACGGAAAUACAGCACUCGCCUUUGAAAUUGCUGAAAAGAAUUUCAAUAUUCCUAAAUUAUUGGAUGUUGAAGACUUGUGUGAUAUAUCUAAGCCAGAUGAGAGAUCAGUCAUGACUUAUGUAGCCGAAUACUUUCACGCAUUUUCUGCUCUAGAUGAAUUUGAAACUGCUGGCAGAAGAGUUGCUAAAUUUGCUGACGUAUUGGCCUCUGUUUGGGAAAUGAAGCAUCAUUAUGAAGAACGUGUGAUCGCACUAAUGGAGGCAGUUGACUUGAUGCAAGAAGAAUGGGAAUCUACUGAACUGACAGAUAGUUAUACUGAUGCGAAGGAAAAGAGUACCAAUUUUGCUAUUUAUAAAAGCACACAAAAGAGAGCUUGGUUAGCCGAGAAGAGAGAUAUAGACGCGCUUUUGGGAAAUAUUCAAACCAAGGCCAAAACAUAUAACCUAAGGCCUUACUAUCCACCUAAUGGUCUCACCUUGAAGGACUUGGAUGAUUGUUGGAGUCGACUAUUGCAAAAUGAAGCUAGAUACCAUCGUAGAAUAAAUAGCACUAUUCGACAGAUUAAAGAGGGCCUUCGAAAAGCAUUUGCAGAAGCUGCCAAUGACUUUCAAGAACAGUUAGAUACUAUCUCUGCUAAACUAGUUAAUCUCGAAGGAAGCUUACAGUCACAGCUCAGGAUAGUACAAAAUCUAACAAAUCUAUUUGAACCCCUUCAAGAGUCAUUAGAUAUCAUUGAAAUGCUUGAUCAAGAGUGCAUUGAAGCCAAUACAGAAGAAAAUGAUUAUACAGUAUAUUCAUUCGAAGAUUUACGGUUCGGCUUAGACUUGGUAAAAGAAGCUGUACAAAAGAAGAGCGCAUUUAUCCAGAAUCAGAUCAUCUCUCGCAACAUGACUAACCUGACACCUGUUCAACUUGAAGAAUUUGAACAGACGUUCAGAUACUUUGAUAAGGAUAAUACCAACACACUGUCUGUCUCAGAGUUCAAAUACGCGUUAUCUAGUUUAGGUAUUGUCUAUGACAAUGAUAAGCUAGAAAACAUAUUCUAUACUAUUACCAAUGACAAUGAUUUUGCUACCUUUGAACAGUUCAUUCGAUUUAUGGUCUCGGUUACAGAAGAUAAGUCAACACCGGAUCAGAUACGAGAGUCAUUUAGAACCAUGGCUGGUGAUAAGCCAUAUGUGACAGAACUUGAUUUAAAGAUGAGCCAGAUUCCAAUGAAGAUGAUUGACUACUUAAAAAGGACUAUGCCAAAUAGCGAAGACAAUGCGGAAGGAUAUGAUUAUGAGUUAUACAUUGAACAAAUGUUUAAUUAAAUAAAAUUUAGAAUACUACUAAUAGCAGAAAUCAUUCACGUACAAUUUAAAACCAAUAACAACUACACUUUAGUUG